AGGGGUCAAAGUUUGAACAGCAAAGUUAAAGUUCGACAAGAGGCAAAAUGAAGGACCCGCUGAGUGGCUGUACAUACAAUCUGCUGUAUCAGGAUCUGAAGAGACUCUCAAAGAAUGGAGAGUAUUUCUGCAAAGAGCUCUUGACUGUUUUUCAACAAAGAUCUGAUUUGGAGAUAAACUAUUCUAAAGGACUUCAGAAAAUUGCAAACAAACUCCUUAAAGUCUCCAAAGAAAUGUGUGACAACUCCACAUAUCAAGCCUGGUCCUUUAUAUCAGAUGAGAUGUUCACCUCUGCAGAUGCUCACCGAAUACUCGGAAAUUCUCUCAACCAAGAUGCUAUUCAGGAAAUUCGUCAAAUCUUAGAUGAACACACCAAAAGAAAAAGGCCGCUGGACAACACCAUUGAAAAAUCAGGAAAGCUUGUUCUCACAAACUGGAAUGAACAGAUCAAGCUGAAAAAGAAGCUGAUCGGGUUAACAAGAGAACACGAGGCGCUCUUUGACUUUGUGGAAAAAAAUAAGCAAAUCUGUACUGAGAAAGAGAAACAGAAGAUGUUCAACAGAUUAACCAAGUCAGCUGAGCUUCAGGCCAAAGUUGAUGAAGAAUAUUUCAAUAUGAAUAUGGACGGUCACCACAUCCGACUGAAGCUGGAGAACACCUUAAAAAAUUGCUUCCAGAUUGUUCAGGAACUGGAGAAGCAAAGAAUAGAGACACUAUCCAAUACUCUGAAUAAAUACAGUCUCUAUAUGAAUGCAUAUUCACAGACCGUCAUUCAUAGUCAUGAACAGAUUGAGCAAGCGGUCAGGAGAGUUGACAUAGAAACGGACAUCCAGUCACUGCUCGAGAACGCCAGCGGGACAGCCGAAGAAAACAAGGCUGAAUUUCUGAUGGCUGACUACUUUGAGGAGGAAGGGAAAACAAUCAUGUCAAAGGACAGAAGAAAAGAUGCCAUUAGGACUAAACUUCAACGACUAGACGACAACAUCACAAAAACCAAAAGUGACAGAGAAGGUUUAGAGAAAAUGGUGAAAGUUUAUACCGAACAACCAAACUUCUCAAAUCAAAAGAAUUUGGAAGAAACGGAACAGUUGCUCGAUGAGGCGAUACUCAAACUAGAUCUUCUGGAGGCCACACACAAUAAGCUGAGCUUCAGUCUGGCAGAGUUGGAGGGUAAAUCAAAAUCUCGACAUCGGUUCAGUGAAAGUAUUACUAAAUGGAAAGAUAAGGACUGUGAACACAGCGUGGUUCAGCUUUCUCGCCCGGUGAGAAUCAAAAAGACUCCGUUCAGAUCACGUCAGUUUAUGAGGAGCUCAAUGUUUAAGGGACCUCCAAAAAGCAUGGCGACCAAGGAGAACCUAAGUGAAGAACCAAAUGAUGUCGAACAGAACACGGAUGGCGAGCCGAGCAAUGCAGUGAAUGGAACCAUGAUCUCAUCUGAAUCCUUAGAGGGUGCAGAAUUCAGCUCUAUAGGCAAAUGCAAGGCUUUAUACAGCUUUACAUCAGAACGAGAGGAUGACCUAAACAUGAGUAAAGGAGACGUACUUGAGGUUUUCCAGAAAUAUAAAUCAGGCUGGUGGUUUGGGGAGCUGAAUGGACAGAGAGGAUAUAUCCCGUCUAAUUAUGUUGAAGAGCUUCCUGUUUUCAUUGAAACAAAGUCAUCAGAGGCUUAACUCCAAAUGAGCACAAGAACAACCAGAUCUACACAAUCAUGAUUCAAUAAUACUGUAGGGUUCAACUCCCCGUUCACACAUUUUAAUCAAUUAUUUUUUUAGUUUUGAUUAUCAGAUAAUUUUUUUUUUAAUUCAAUUCGAAUUCCAUUGAUUUUAACAAUCCGACUCGCAUGAACACGCGCAUCAAAGUCUGGUUUCGAGAGGGUUUAAGUUUAGUCCCAGACUAAAAUUCAUGUUUGAGCGGUCUAAUCUGAAAACAACUUGCACUGACGUAUCUUAAAACAUAUCACUGACGCUGUUUUAUCUCAAGAUGCACACCAGUAAUGUUUUUUCUAAGUUACAUUUAUAAAAGCUUAUUAAAUGUCCUAAUUUAUCCUGACUAAAGUCUUGUCUCUGAAACCAAGCCUGUAUAUUUUAAUUAUUUUAUAUUAUAUUGAACUGUAACACAGGGUUGCAUUUGUAAGCAUUAGUAAAUGCAUGAGUUAACAUGAACUAACAAAGAGUAAUAUAUUUUACAUAUCGUUAUAAAUUUUUGUUAACCCUUGUGACACAUUUUUAAUAUAAAAAGUGAUUGUAAACUGGAUUUGUUUUUUGUCUUGGACAUGUCAAAGAUUGGUAAAAACAUUGGCUUUUUGCAUUUUUAGUUUUUGUGUAGCAUCAGUUUUUUUUUUAUUUUUUUCUCCGUCAUUUAUUGUUAGUGGCUGUUUUGGUCCCAUUGACUUCCAUUAUAACCACAUUUUUUGACUCACAGAGCCCAUUUCAACCUUUAACUCAUUUUGACCAAAUGCAUAGUUACUGUGCUUUGGCUUUGUAGGGCAGAAUAAAUGAGGGAGAAAAAAAUAAAAACUGAUGCUACACAAAAACUAAAAAUGCAUAAAAGCCAAUGUUUUUACCAAUCUUUGACAUGUCCAAGACUGUGAAAAAGGUAAACAAAAAUCCAGUUUACAAUCACUUUUUAUAUUGAAAAUCGGUAAUUGUGUGUGUUUUUUCCACAAAUCAGUGACACCACUAAUGAACUUGGCAAUUAAAGAGUUAAAAUCAUGGAAUUUUUGUGAAGAUUUGGUAGUUUUGAUCAGUACUGAGGUUGGUUAACAGAUUUAUGAAAAAAAAUGUGAAAAAAUAUUUAUCUGAUACAUUUUUAUAGCUGUUGAAUUAAGUGGAUGUUUUUAUCCACUAACACGAAAAAAUAGUAAAUUUGCCCACGGUAUAUAGAUGAGUUUUUGAAAAAUUUCAAUGCAUUUUCUUAAUAUAUGUAAAUAUAAGAUUUGUCACCAAAAAUCAUUCAAUUUGCUGAAACAGAGAAAGUUGUGGCUAAAUUAAGUGUAAAAAAACCCUCUAUGGAUUAAAACAUCCCCAACAACACAUAAGGGUUAAUGUUAGUUUUUGUCAAUACCAUUGUUCAUGUUUGUUUACUUCAUUCAUUAAUGUUAAGUUACAAUUUUUUAUUUUAUAAAUGCAUUAGUAAAUGCUGAAAUUGACAUGAAUUAAUAUUAAUAAAUGUUGUAGAAGUAUUGCUCACUAUUAGCCAAAUAACACAUUACUGAUGUUAACGAAUACAACGACCAUAUUGUAAAGUGUUGCCAAAUAAACUUCAUGUCAUUGUUGUACAACUUGAAAUAGACCUUAUAACAGCAAUACUUUCUUUUCUUUUUUAGUUCUUAUGUUUAUUAUGUAUAAAUGUUUAUUGCAAAAAACUUAACAAAAUGUUAACAAGUGUCACUAACUAUUUACAAAUGAUGCAGUUAAUAAAAGAUGAUAAUCUGUCUGUUGA